AUGAACCUACAGUGCCUCUCCUCUCUGCUGCUCUGUGUCGUAACCCAAGUCAGUAAAGGAGACGAGCAGAAUCACAAGCGCGCUGGGCGCAAAAAGAACAAAGGAAGAAGAAAGAAUAAAAAUAUCACUCCUGUUCAGCCGAAUCAUACGCUCAGUCACAGGAGCCACAGCACCACCGCUGACCCCUGCCUGACCUCUCACGUGGACUACUGCAUCCACGGCCACUGCACGUACCUGCGCGGCCUGAGAGAGCCUGUCUGUGUAUGUAAGAGAGGUUAUGAUGGGGAACGCUGUGGGAUCCAGCUUCUCGGGACGUCUCGGGACGAGAGCAGCACUGAAACGACCCACACCGCGCUCGUCAUUAUGGCUGUCGUACUGUCAGUCAUCAGCUGCCUAGCCAUUCUGCUCAUGGUCUGCGUGCACAAUAGAACACAUCAGCGCUUUCAGGCGGCGUUCCUGAGCUCCACUAAUGAGAGAGAGAAACUAGAAAAGAAGAACAUUAUGGUGUGAAGAGGAAGUAGAAGUCAUGCUGUCGUCACUGGCGUGGCGUGCACUACAGAUAUAUUGCACAUAGAAUAAUAUAAUAAAACCUAUUGUAAUAAUAUAUUUAUUGUU